AUGGAGGAUCGUUUACAAGAAUUGAGAAAUGCAGGUGGUGUUAAACCUGAAGUGGAUAAAAAGAAAAAAGGUAAAAAGGGAAAAGGAGGAGAAGAAACACCAGAGUCUCCAUCAGAACCAUCAGGAUCAAAUUAUGAAGAUCCAUCAAUCAACGAUAUUGAAUUAGGUCCAGAUGAUCCAGAAGCAUCUGAAGAAUUUAUGCCAGAAUUUUAUCAAGAAGUUGGUGUUUUAAAAACUUUAAUGACAUCAGUUAAAAGGAGUGUAAGAAGUAUAGAGGACAAAUAUGUUUUAUCUUUAAAUUCGAUUAAUGUUGAUCAAGGUUCAAAAUAUGAAGAUGAUAUACAACAAAUGCUAGAUGGUACAAAUAAAUCAUUCUCUGAAUUAAAAAAGAAAUUAGAUACAAUGAAAAUAAAUAACGAUAAAUUUGCAGCCACAAAAACAGCAACACCAACAGAAGUACGUAUUAGAUCGAAUAUGCACAAUACAUUAACACAAAAGUUUGUGGAAAUGAUGAGAGAAUAUCAAGAAAUUCAAAAUAAUUAUAAAAAUAAAUAUAAAGAAAAGAUUGAAAGACAAUAUAAAAUUGUAAAACCCGAUGCAACACAAGAAGAGAUUAGGGAAGCUAUAGAUUCAGGUGAUUCUAAAAAGAUUUUCGAGGAAACUAUUCUUUAUACACAUUUACAUACACAAGCAAAGAAUGCAUUGGAUUAUAUUCAAGAUAGACAUAAUGAUAUUUUGAAAUUGGAACAAAGUAUUGCAGAGUUACAUCAAUUGUUUUUAGAUAUGGCUAUUUUGGUUGAGACUCAAGGUGAAUUACUCAAUCAAAUCGAAGCAAACGUUGAAUCCACUGUAUUAAAUACUAAAGAAGGUGUUGAAAAUUUAGCUGAAGCAAAUAGACAACAUAAAAAAUCCAGAAAGAAAAUGUAUAUUCUUUUAAUUAUUGUUGCAAUUGUUUUGGUUGCAAUUUUAGCUCCAAUCCUCAGUACUCAAAUCAGUAAAUAA